AUGGAUUCCAGACGAAGCAAUUCCCCAGUAAAAAGGGACACUUCACAAGCAAGUGUGUCAUCAUCAAGCUCCAUAGGAGAAAAACAUAUAAAUUUGUUAGGAGAAGUAAGCAACAUAAACACUGAAAAAAAGGACAGUAAACUUGUUGAGCAGGUUCAAAACAUGGCUCUUGAAAGUGGCAACAGGGUUAGUAAUCACUUAACGACAAGUGUCAAGAACAAGUCUGAAAUGUUUGAGGAGGAGGAAGAGGGUGAACUUGAUUAUGAAGAGGAUGAAGGAGAAAUCCCUGGAACACAUGACGAGAGAAAUGGGGUGAAAAAUGAUACAGAUGGAGAUAAAGAGGAAGGGGAGCUAGAAGAAGAUGAUGAGGAGGAGGAAGGCGAAGAGGGAGAAAUUCUUUCAGACGAGGAUGAUAAGGUAGAAGGAGUGGCUUAAUUUCAUAAUUGCUGAAAGAAAAUAAUGUUAAUAAGUCUCUUGGGUGUACAAGCUUGAGGUAGAGCACCUAACAGAAAUUCAGUUCAAAUGAUUUGUUUUAGUGUUAUAGGAACUGUAGCAGAUUUGAAACAGAAUCGGUGUAAACAUUCAGGAAAGUAAGUGGCUUUGACUCAUGUCUCUGCUUGCUACUUUACAAGGCUGUGCUCUAAGAAAAUGGAAUGGAGCCCGGUGCUCUGGACCUGUGAAGGGUGCCAAGUGUAGGAUUUCUGUCAAAAAGCUAAGAUUUCUUUGUUGCCUAAGAGCAAAUGUUAAAGGUCAGGGACCACUGGGCCCUGCUCGAGUACAGCCCUGUUUUUUCUAAUGAUUUUUAGUCUCUCUCAUCUGUCACAGAAUACUGACCAGUGUCUCAUACUUAUUAAGGACAAAAGAUACUCAUUGAAAAAUUAUUGGUAUGACAGUUUUGUCAAGUCUGGCCAUCCUAGGGUCAAUAAAAAAGUUCAGUGAUUGCAGGGGUUAUCAGGAAAAAGCCUUUCAAAAAAUGUUUUGAUUGUGACAAUAUAAUAGUAAUAUUAAUAUUUACCACAUUUGUUACAAUCCUUCAGACUGCUGGAUGUUUUCCACCAAUGAUAGCAAUCCUAUGAAAAUCUGGCUUAACAACCAGUGUGGUGUGCACUACAUACUCUUCUAGUCUUAGUUUUAUUAUAAAUAAUUGUUGAUAAAAUAUAUACAUAUGGGAUAAAUUUUGUUAUUCUGUCUAGGGUACAGCAUCAGAAAAGAAAUCUCAGGAAAACCAAGAUUUAACAGUGACAGAGGUAACAGCAUAUAUUUUGUUGCUUUGAGAGCAACCACUCCUUCAUUUUCCUCUGAUUCGGUUAAACCGUCAGUUACUUGACGCCUCUGUUUAACUGCAUAUAGCUUUGUUAGCAGACAGGACUAUCUGUAGAAUCAGCCAGCUACUUUAAGUUUGAAAAUUAGUCACAUAACAAUUAUGCAGAAUUUGUGGGACGAAUGCCUUAUUACUUCCUCUUAGAGACAACUCUGUUACUUAUCAGUUACGGUAGUAGCUGAUUUCUAAAUAUGUUUGUUGUUAGACUGAUGGCCCAGAAGAAGGUGAAGUUAUUGAAGAAGGAGACUCGCCAGGUAUGAAGGCCCCACUACUUCAUCAUGAAGAGUCAAGACAAUCCCAAAUUUCAUUUUGUUACAAAAUAUCAUCCAAGAGUUUGCAUUUAUAUGAAGUUGAACAUGAUCUUCGCAGUAGAAUGAACAACCUAAGUUGCUAAAAAAGAACCAGAAAAAAUUCAGGCUUGACCAGGAAUCAAAUUCUGGCCAGUGCAAUGACCGGAAGCAACGAUUGGUUGGUCACAUAACAGCAUUUCAUUCAGACUCAAAAGUUAGGACUACGUGAAAUGUGGAAUAUGAAAUAAUCACUUUUGUUUCUCCCACACUUGUGUCAUGCUCAUUAUCAUGUCUUUCUCAUUCAUUUACCCAGGUCAAAAUUCACAUUCUUUCUUUUUAUUUUCUUACGUCACAUGCAUAAAUGCACAGUUUGUUGAUGCUUCAGAGGACACAAUAUUGUGUUUCUCAAUAAAAUUAAUUGAAAUCAUUGACUCCUUUUGUAAAAUUAUGUCAGCAUGAUAGAAAUUGUUCUUUUCAAUAAUUUUGUGCUUUGGUUAAGUUAGAUCCUCUGUAUAGUCUCCCUUAUCCUUUCGUAAUAUAUUUUAUACACUGAUAUGGUAAAACCACCCUCACCAGGGUUAAGUAUGAGCAGUUGGUCAGUAUUUAACUUAAUUGCUUGGUGAAUUAUUAAAAUUACAGGGAGCCAGUCUCUAAGAAGAAAGGUCUGCAGAUAUUUUACACAUGGUAAGUAAGAUUAUCCAGUGCUGAGUAACUUUUUUUGAAGAAACUCAAUAAUAUUAAAACUGACACCAACAAUAAUAAUUACAGGGCUGAAGAUAAUUUCUGGGGAGUGUCCAGACAUGAUGGCCAGGCAAAUUCAUUUUAGCUGGAUCACAUAUUGUUUCUGGCCGGUCAAAUUUAUAAGAUAAAUAGCUCUUAAAACAGGGGCCCAUGAACCAAAACUGGCAUCAUAUGUUUCCAAGAAAGUCAUUGCUUAGAACUUAUAGCACUUUAAAGCACUCAUUGUCAGCAAUAAAAUAAAUUACAGCAGUGAAACGAGAAUAAACUUACGUGUAUUAAUAGGUACACGGUCUGUAAGACUAACCUGUAACAUGUUAAAUAUUAUUAUCGUGUACAUUAAAUUUGUCUGGUGCCUCCAAAUAUAAUGAUUUCUGUCGUAUGUAUCACGAUCUGAGAUCUUGAUCCUAAAACUCCAGCAGUAAUCAAUGUUACUCCCCAUUACAACGGAAGAAAAUUGGUUUUCUUUGAGAAAAUUAGCAACUAAAAGUUGAAAUAUUUUAAUUUUGUGACUGGAAGUGCAUGAACCCCAAUGUCUGUUUCAAUGCGCAAAUUGUAAACAGUGGCUCUAGUUGCAUUUCAUCCAGGAUUUCAGAUGAAAGUUCUGUAAUACACAGCGACUCGUUACAUACUGAUAACAACUGAGACAACUGAACAGCAUGGAAAUUUUAAUUUAUUUCAUUUUCAAUAUGAUUGAAUGUGCCUGGUCAACAUGACUGGCAAGACGAAAGGUUGACCAAGCAACUCUUCAAUCAGACCUUUGACUGGCCGUUUUUUCGAGCCCUGUAUUAGUGUUGUUUUAGUGCAACGUGUUCACUGAGUCAUAAUUGAUUGUACUUAGUUCCUUUGCUGUACUCUUUUUUUCUUGUUUAGGUUUUUGCAAAAAAUCAUUCAUUUGCGUUUUUUCCUUCUUUUUCUCACCAGGUGGCUGUACCUGGGGAAUGUCUUGCAGAUUCCUUCAUCCAGGCCUGAAUGACAAAGGUAAAGUUUAUUUAUUGUAGUCUAAAAUGCUCAGUAUUGAGUGACAGUCCUGUCCAGUUCUUAUGAAAGCCAAACCAAUUUAUUGCAGUAUUUAAAAUUCUGUAAAAGGUGGCAGCUGUUUUCUCUUUCUUUUGUUCCUUCUUUCACACAUUACUUAUUUUAUUCCUUUCCCACCCCUUGCAUUGGCAUUCUUUGAUUGACAGGUGCCUAUCAAAUGCUGCCUAUUCCUGGCCAGUACCCAAGCCCUUUUCCUAAAGCUCCAACAGCUGGCCCAGCUGUUCAUCCUGAAACCAUGGUACAAGCUCAUGGGAUGACAUCUUUACCAGGCCAAGAUGAUGGACAGAUGGUCAGUAUAAACAUGUGAUGAUUGGUUAACUUAAAGUUAGUAACAUAAACACUAACAAAACAGGCAGUAGACUUGUUGAACAGGUUCAAGACAUGGCUCUUGAGAGUAGCCACAGUUAACUGUUUCGUCCUUUGUACUAUUGGAGCAAAUGUUAUGUGUAAUUUAGCAGCAAACUAAAUUGUACAUGGACCAAACAAUUGUAUGCAGGGCCUUAAAAAUUUACAUCGUUUAUUAGUUUGCCAUUGCAAAUGUUUUAGUGAAGUGCUUGCAUGAUUUCAGGAAGAUGAAUUUUCCGAUCGAAUGCACUUGAUUCCAGAAGUAGCAGCUCCACCCAAGAAAGAAACAGCAUGGGAGAGGGGACUGAAACUAGCCAAGGAAGUAAGUUGAUUAAAAUCAUCAGUUGACGCACAAACGUCCGAAGCUCACUUUAUGAGUGGAAGUUGCAUUACAGGCGACUAUUGAGAUGUUGUAUAAGAAAUAAAAUACUGAGGUCUGCAAACGCUAAAUAUCAUUAUAUUGUACCUUUUCUUUUAUAAAAUAUAUAAAGGAGACUUACUUUUGAUGUAUUCCUGCCUUUUUUGGUGUGAAUUCAUCAAUUUAGUCUUUUUUGGCUGUUAUUGAGUGAUCCCUUUCACUCCCUUCAUAAUACAAAGUAAUGACCUCAGACCAACGCCCUGUAUCCACUUUCAAAAUCACAGUGUCUGGCAGAAGAAGGUAUUUUAGUCAUGGUCUCAAAACGCCCAUUUUCUUCAACAUGCGUGGGGAUAUUUUGCUUUAAACAUUUAGUGAGUUGCAGCGAUGAUAAAACUUUGCCUCUGGUUGAAAAAAUCUGCAAUUUGAUGGGUUUUUGGGCACAAAUUGCCUUCCUGUCAACAAGGUUCAGACUACUGGUUGUAUUGCUGUGUAGCCUUUACUUUGUAUUAUGAAGGUAGAUACAGAGGUCACACAAUAACAGCCAAAAACUCGAAGUAAAACUUUUCAUGUGACAAAAAAUUGUCAGAGUUAAGUUCAAGUUAUAACUCAUACAAGUGGCAUUUGUCUCAGUAAAAUUUGUCUGAGUAAGUUUCAAUCAACAAGAACUUUCUAUCUGUCUGCAUCAGUUCAAUGUAAUGUGUUUUAUGCAUAAUAAUAAUAAUAAUAAUAUUAUUAUUAUUAUUAUUAUUAUUAUUAUUAUCAGAAGCAUGUGUUAUUAUUUAUGACAUGUUUUAAUGACUUCUCUUUUCCUACUAUCGUGUCUUCGUAACAAAAUUUUUGUUAUUUGUUUGCCUAGUGAGUAUUGUAAAGCUAAGUGGAAUAAUAAUAAUUGUUGACAAUCGUAAUUGUUUGUAAACACAGAUAAAGAAAGCUGCCCAGAAGCGAAAAGAAGAAGAUGCUGACUUUCAGGAGAAGCGCAUGGUGUUAGGUAUUACAGCAGAUGAAAAUGAUGAUGAAAAUGAUAAAGAAAACUUAAUUCGGCGGCGUGAGAUGGUGCGAGCCACCAGGCUGGAGAAGGAGUCGGUGUUUGAUGAAGGUGACAUGAGGCAUCGCAGCAGAGGUGGAGGAGACAUAGUAACAAGAUGGAGAGACAAAAAGCAACCAUCUCCCGACCGGGUUAGUUACAAAACAAUACGGUCAAUGCCAGGGAAAGAAAGCCAUCACAUUUUCUCCAAAUUCAACCUGCUUAAUACGGACACUCUGUUAUUUAGGACUAUUAUUAAUUGUUAUUAUUAUUAAUAUUAACACAGUAAAUUCUACUUGUUGUACAAUUUCUCUCAGUUUUUACCUUUUGGCAGAAUUUCUACGUGCCGUUUGAUUCGUUUCUUCAGAGUUUCGAAAUAUUUUAAAAAUCUUUCGCCUUUUUCCUCUUAAGGAACGCGACAGGAGAAAACGAAGAGGAAAUCGUUCACCGUCAUCAUCUCCUGAAAGGUACUCGAAUUUAUUGUUUUAUAUCCACGUUUUUCCGCCAGUCAUUUGUGAGAGGUUAACUCUGUUAAACUUUAUCGACUUAAAUGAUGGUUAGCCAGAUCUAUGGGCUUGAGAUUUGGAGUUCUGAUUGUUAAAACGUUAGAUGUUUAUGUACUGUUUUCUAUCAACGCGCUACGUAAGCAAGAUGUUGAGGUGACUUAAUUUUCGGUCUUCUCAGGGACAGACGAAAUAGAAGAAGAGGUGGAGAGAAGGAAAAACAUAAAGGGAAAGUCAAGGAAACUUUGCGAGAACGAGAUAAGCAACGAACAAAAACAACGGCGAAGGAGACGGAAAAGAAACACGAGGAGAAAGUUAAAAAGCAGAAGGAAAAAGAGUCAGACGGCGGGAAAGAAAAACCGGUCGCGGAGGAAGGUAAAAGCGAGACUGCAGUCAUACAAGAGAAACCCACUGAUGUAAAAGAACAAGCGAGUUUAGCCGAGAAACAAGAAAUAAAAUCUGAAGAUAAAAAAAUUGAUGAUGAAAAGAAGAAAAGGCUGCCUCAGGAAAAAAUUGCGGACUUUGAAUUAAAAUCCGAAAGGGAGGCAGGAAAGAAAGAUGAAUUACUUGAAGGUGAUGAAAGAGAAAAACCCAGGGCAAAAGCACUUGGAAUCUCAAGCUCUCGCCUUCCUAACGAUGAGUGGAUUGAUCCAUGGCAGAGAGUAACCUCGCCAAAGCGACACUCAGCAUCAUCGCGCAGCUCCCGUAGCCACUCUUCAUCAUCUUCAUCGGAUUCCUCGCGCUCCUCGCGGUCCCGCUCACGCUCCGGAUCAGAGUCACGUUCCACAUCACGAUCUACUUCACGUUCACGGUCACGCUCAGUUUCAGAAUCACCCUCAAGGUCAUCUUCGCGAUCGCGCUCAGGUUCGCGAUCACACUCGCGUUCACGAUCCGGCUCAGUUGCAUCAGCAAGCGAUCAUUCAAGUUCCUCAGGUAGCAGUAAAGAAGUAAAGGCUGCAGCAGCAGAUGAAGGAGGUGAAGAGAAAGAUGCACAACAAGCUUCACACGAUUCAUCAGAAUCAGAAUCAGAAUCAGAGAAAUCAGAAUCUAAAUCCAAAUCACCUACACCAGCAGCGCGAAAAAGCCCUGCUAAACCUAAAACCUCCCCUGACAAAGGACCCCCCCGGAGCCCACCCCGUACCCCACCAGUGGAAUCAUCAUCAUCAUCCUACCGCAAUGCUAAAGACGGUGGGAAAAAUCGUUAUGAGUAUAGUCGAGCAGAAAAAAUACAAAAAUGGCAGGAAGGGAUGGUGCGUCAGGGAUCACCGUGGGAUCGGCGAGUGGAAAGGACCUCAAGGAGACCAGUGGAUGGUUCUUACAGGUGGGGUAUUACUUGCUUUAUAUUCAAUUCCAAGUGAGCUGAGGUCUUAUAUCCUCUUCAAACAUUUAGGUCCACAGUUGGUUUAAAAAUAAACUAAUUAGUUAGUGUUGCUUUAUCGUCGCUGGCUGGAUUCAGUUAAUCCGUUAUGUAGUCCUUGCUUGUAACACGGCCCAUAAGCCUUGGCGGCGCAACAACAACUUCAACAAUUUUAUUCUUUGCAUGCACAAGGAGUGAUUAGCUUGCCCCGCGGUACUUCUGAAGCUAAAUCAAGUAUAUUCAUUUUUAUUUAUUGCAAAGAUCAUGAAUACCAUGAACGAAAACCAAUAAUUAGAAAAUCAGGGCAAACUAAGCUUGCGUGAUUUUUCCUUAAAUCGUUCUGUAUACUUUUGAUUGUAAACACUUACUCUAAUAUAGAGUUUGUUUACUGGGUGCGUUAAGUUAAUUAACUGAAUGAAACUUAAAAGCCUGGCGAUUGCUAAUCUUCACGGGAAGGAUAACUACCUUUGGUAAUUGAAUAGAGAUUCAUAAAAGCUUCUAGCAAAGAAUAAAUCAAUGUUCUUAUUUUGUAUGCUAUUUGCUACUUUCUUCAUUUCUCUACUUCUUUAUUUUCUAGUAGAGAUCGUGCGCAUAAUUCUCGGAGGAAAAGAAGUCCAGAGUUGCGAAGAAGAUCGCGGUCACCUCGGUCCAGGGUAACCAUCUUUAUUUUAUCGUUUGUUUCUUUGUUUAUAGACAAGUUUUUUUUAUUGCAAAGCUCCUUUAUUUUACAAAGGAAGCACUUUACCUAGUUUUUUUAAACUUUAAUGUAUACAAUAAAUUAUCUGCUUCUUUUCUUCAGAAUGAAGAACGACGGCGACCGGAAGAAGGAAGAACGUAAGUGGACUUGCUUUCAAUCAAUCUUGUUUUAGCCCAGUUGUUUGUGUUGAAGUUUCCAUUUUUCUUUCUUAAAGGCGAGAACGUUCUUCUAGUGCUGACAGUAUGGAGCAUGCUUUAGCUCGCCCCAGUUCUCCCCGUGCAACAAGAGAAAGAGGUGGAAUGCACCGCGAGUCCAGUGUUUCAUCCAGCGGUAGUGAUAGUGCAAGCAGUGAAACUGGAAGUGAAUCAGAGGAGGAGCGCCACCCGGUCAGAACACGCCGAGCGGGGCCUGAGGCCGACCAGGUCAAGCAAGCGCCGAUCGUGCCUCUAUCAAGUGGGAACAUUCGAUAUACCGGUCAUAAAGAUAUAAAGCUCACUCUAAAUAAGGUAUGCUGAAUGCAUACACCUUAUUCAAUGGUUUAGCAUAUAAUACGUGCGGAUAUUUUGCGAGUUGCGUAGUAUUUUUCCGAGCCUUGCAGGGGCGAGGAAAAAUACGAGCAAUGAGCAAAAUGUCCGUUCGUAUUAUAUGCUAAACCAUCGAAUAAGAGGUUUAUUAUUCCACUAAAAAAAAUUGUUAUUUUGCAAUUGGCCCCUAUUUUUUGGUAAGAGUAUUCACUGAACAUCCUGAUUCCGUCUGUGAGAAUGACGUUAACAAUGAUCGAAAUUGUGAAAGGUUUGAACCCAGGAGUCAUUUCAAAGGAGGCUGAGUUUGAUCGUCCGGGUGAACUUAGUCACGAGUAGGACUGUUGUUGUUGACAGUGACUGACGUUUCGACAACCUGUGCGGUAGUCAUCUUCAGAGUCAAGGUGAGUUGUAUCACGUCAGUUGAUGGUAUUACGUCAGUUGUAUCAACUGACGUGAUACAACUCACUUUGACUCUGAAGAUGACUACCGCACGGGUUCAGGAAACGUCUGUCACUGUCAACAACAACAGUCCUAUUCAGGACUACGUUCACCCGGACGAUCAAACUCAACCUACUUUUGAAAUGAGCAAAAUGUUCGCCCGUGUUAUAUGCCAAACCUUUGAAUAAGAGGUUAAUUAUUUUACUGCAAAAGAAAAAUACUCUGAAGGAAACUCCGUCUUCGGGGAAGUCUCUCAUUAGUACUUGCUCAAUUUUUUUUGGGUGGGAGGGGAAAUGGGAGGGGUGUGAGUGAGCGCUUUAUUGAGUUUGACUGGGAAUAGAAGGGAGUGGGUUGGGGGUGGGCGAUUAUUCGAGGCUGGGCGCUUAUUAACUUUUUCUGCCUUUAGGACGGGUGCUUAUUCGAGGUGGGCGCUAAUGCGAGAUUGGGCGCUUAUUCGAAUAAAGACGGUACUUCAACAUUAAUUUUUAUAUCUUGUAUCGUGUAUUACAAAGUGCUGUAAGUGACCUUUCAUGUAAUGUGGAUUCGGUUUGUUUUCAUUACAGUCCGUAACAAGAACAGAGAACAGGGAACCACCCAAGUCACAAUCCCAGCAUUCACUUCCCGCAAGGACAGACCCAAGCGGUGAAAAACUUCAGACAACAACUAAAAAGCGAACACGUGACCCGUCGCCAGUCCCAGAACAUACUAAGGAGAUUGUUUCAUCGUCUGUCGCUUCCCAGUCCACUAACAAACCCGACAAACGGUCGGUGAAUUCGCAAGCUGAAGCAGUAACGUCUGGUAAAGCAAAUUCGGCAAAUACUUCUUCAAGGAGAGAGGAACUUCUUCGCGAGCUCAAGGCUGUCGAGGACGCUAUAGCUAGAAAACGAGCUAGAAUUGAAUAGCAAUAAAAAUUCGACAGCACAAUAAAAGAAGAAACAAGGAAGAACUGCUCUACUUUGAGUGUGCAUUCCGGUAAUUGGAUGUAAAAUAAAAGUUCUUAUUUCAUCGCAGUUAUGAAUGCAAAUGGUGUGUUGAACUUCCCGUGUCGCGAAAAAUUCGACUAAGGCUCUUCAUACGUUCCAACUAACGUGACGGGAUGCUGUAGGUAGAGAAUAUUAGGAUCAGGACUGUUAUGAGGAAAGAGCUUGUGGUUAUUUUUUUUUUGUCAAUUGUGAAUUGUAACCUUGAUCUUAAUCCGGUUUUUUUCUUUGAUGUGUUCUUAUAGGGUAAUGGUUAGGGCCUAGGGCUAGAUUAGAAAGUC